AUGAAGCAUUAUUUGAAGAGGCCAAUUACCUUGAGAGGGACAGGGAUGGUGAUUCCCCCAUGCAUGUUUUGGAUUGAAGGCAGUCCUGAUUGUCUUGUUAUUGAUCCAUGUUCCUCAUCUGGGAAGAUAGGGACAAUUGAAAUGAAAUGUCCAGAGGGAAAGAAGAACCACACUCCAGAAGAGGCGAUGCAAGAUGAAUCGUUUUACAUUGAAUUAGUUGAUGGUAAACCCAACCUGAAGAAAGAUCAUCACCUAGGAUAUUACACCCAAGUCCAGCUAGUUAUGGGUUUCUGCGGUUUAGAGUGGGUUGACUUUGUAGUCUAUCUAUUUAAAGGGAUGAUCAUCACAAGGGUUCCAUGUAAUAAAGAUUAUUUUGACCAAGUAGUAUGUAAAGUAAACAUCUUCUAUGUAAAGUGGUUUCUUCCUCAGGUCAUGGCCUAA